AUGUCUGCCACUGUCGACGUCGAGGCUUUGAGUCCUCAAGAUCGAGCCCGUUACGAGAGGAAACGCGAGCAUGAGUUUUACAGCUACUACGAACCACUACGGAUACUCGCUGGACCCGACAUCAAGUGGACCGAUCCCAACUCUCCCGAAUCCAUUGCUGAGCACAAUCCGACAUCUUCGACAGACAAAGCUUUGACUGCCUUCUGCCAACUUGCUGCUCUUCGUCUCAAAGCCAGACGGGCUAUAAUCUUCUGCUUUGACAGCCAGCAUGCAUAUAUUCUCGGCGAAGCCACACAGACUCUAUCGUUCGAAGACGAUAACAUACACGACAACGGAGACAAUCUCUGGCUGGGUAUGACCAAGCUCCCUCGCGGCUUCACUGUAUGCGAACAAGGUACUCUGAAUUUACCGGCAAGUCGUGGUAGCAACGUCAACGACGAGAAUGAUUCGAGGAUACAUAUAGUCAAUGAUCUUCGUAAGGACUCGAGAUUCUGCAACCAAUCAUAUGUCGCGGGAGGCAUCAAAGCUCGCUUUUAUGCUGGUGUACCCAUCACCACUGCUAAAGGCUUUAAUAUUGGUGCUUUCGUAACUAACAAUACUCGUGUUAGCAUAUUGGAUGACCAACCUCGAGAUGGGCUUGAGAACAAAGAUGUCCGAUUCAUACAAGAGAUGAGCUCUUUGGUCAUGGAACAUCUCGAGAUGCUGAAGGCGCGUGCAGAACAGCGUAGAGGAACUUUAAUGGUGAAAGCUCUCAACUCAUUCAUGGAGAACGAGCCAGGUGCUCACGAGCCUACCAAAUCGCCUCCUCCUCCUGCCACUACGAAGACACUGGAAGCUAUUGCUCACGCCACAGAGAUGGCUAAUCCAGAGGGUGCCCAAUCCUCGGAACACGUUGUUGAACAAUUGACUCUACAGCAUAAACUGGAGGACGAGAAUGCACUGUUGACGACAGGUCGAACUCUGAACUCUAUUGUCGCAGAGACCACCAGCAACAAGGCACCAAUGACCUCUGAGCUUGUGCGACCCGCGAUGCCACGCAGAGACAGCACCAAAUCGAAUACGGGCUUGGUCACUAAAAAGGAGGAGGAUCCACUCAAACUUCGAGACCAAGUCGCGAGUAAUGCAAUGCAGUCUGCUGCAGAUUACAUUCGAACGGCGGUCGGUGCAGACGGUGUCCUGUUUCUGGAUGCCUCCAUGUCAAACUUUGGCGAGUUAGCAGAUGAGGAGGCCAUGGACAAUCCAAAACCAGGACGCGAAUCUGAACCUCUGACCAGCGACACAGAAGGAACCGGCAGUGCCACGGAUACAGUUGACAGGCCCAACCAUCAGGAAGAUGUUUCAAAACCUUGUUCAGUCUUUGGAGCAUCUUAUGGACUGGUACCAGCUAAUUUUACACCACCUCAUGCUGCGAUUCCAAAGAAGCUCUUACAAUCUUUAUUGAGAUGUCACAAGCACGGCAAAGUCUUCUUGUACGGCGCUGAGGGCGAUUACACUUCGGAUACUCAUACAUCAGACGGCUCGGGCCUUGUGGAUAUUCAAUCUACUUCUUUGACAUUCAGCAGUGGCCGCGGCUCGAAAGAUUCCUCCUUCCAGAGACGCAAGCGAUCAACAAGGUCCGCACUUGGUAAGAAACUAGGAGCCUUGUUCCCUCAAGCAAGAAGUCUGAUGUUACUUGGCCUCUGGAACAUGUCUCGAGAUCGAUGGGACGCUGGUUGUAUCGUGUAUUCGAACUCUCCAAUUCGUGUCUUUUCUCUCGAGUCCGAGAUGUGCUACCUUAAGGCGUUCUGCGAUGUAAUUACUGCCAAGAUUGGACGACUGGAUAUGGAAAUGUCGCACAAAGUCAAAUCAGACUUCAUGUCGUCGAUCAGUCAUGAGCUGCGCAGCCCACUGCAUGGUAUUCUCGGAACCGCUGAAUUCGUCCAUGAUCAGAUUCAUGAUGAUGAAACUUCAGAGAUGAUCUCGCAGAUACAGAUCUGUGGCCAAACACUGCUCGAUGUAGUGGACCAUCUACUUGAUUUCUCGAAGGUCAACUCUGUCUCCAAGCACAACAGAAAACAGCUGCAAACUGGGGUCGAUCAGAGAAACCGUAAUCGCUCUAGCGGUUUGAGCAAAACUGAAACGCUUGGAGGCAUGGUUGUUGAGAAGACGAAUGUUCUGCUCGACGAAUUAACAGAAGAAGUGAUCGACACCGCAGUCUACUCGUUCUGCUGCUCAAAAGACAGGAGCACGCUCGAUCAGCGCAAAGUCACGGUCAUCACUGACAUCGAUCCCAGCGCUUUAUCUUUGAACUGCGUCAUUGCUGUUGGAGCUUGGAAAAGACUGUGCAUCAAUCUUAUUAACAACGCGCUGAAAUAUACGGAGCGAGGCUACAUAGUCACGUCCCUCAAGCUAAUGCCUCCGAGCGACAAGCAAAAGCGUUCUCGAGUGCGACUGACAAUCACGGACAGUGGUAAAGGUAUCUCCAAGGAGUUCAUGACUAGUCAACUGUUCCGUGCAUUCGCUCAGGAAGACGACUUGUCGGAGGGUACAGGUCUGGGCAUGAGCAUGGUUGCUAAAAUUGUGAAGAACCUUGGCGGACACAUUGACGUUCAAAGCAAAAAGGACGUUGGCACAACAGUUUCCGUCACCAUGCCGCUGGACGUCAAGGGUAGUGGAGACGCACAGCGCAUCCACGACCGUACCUUGUCAUCUGGACCAACAAUGGUUUCGAUGCACUGUCUAGGCUUCGCACCUAUCGAACCACAUCGGGAAAAGACUAUCAUGGCUGGUCGCGACUUCCAGAUCGAGACACUCCGUAAAUCGUGUCGACAGCUCAACAUUAUGGUGUCUCCCUCCAGUUGGUCGGCUCCUAACAGUUUCGAUUUAGCAAUGAUCACCGAAGAAGAUGUACCAGAACUUCUAAGGCUUUUGCAGCCGACUUUAAUAGAGACACCUCACGCUGGUCCCGACACGAUACGUGCCAUACGAACAAAACCCCUUCUGGUCGUCUGUAGGAACUACCGUUCACGACGGGAGUUGAAGGAGUCCGCAAUCAACCAGCUGGUCCACGGUCAUAUCGAAUAUGUAUCACAGCCAUGUGGUCCACGCAAGCUCGCGGCCGCCAUCAGAAGGUGUCUUAGUGACACGCCUAACUCCGACUCUUGGUCAGAAAACUCACCAACACCUCAAGGAAAUUCAUUGCAAAGGCCUUCUGAUCCUGGUUUUCCUUUCCCAGCAAGACGACCAUCGGAAGAUUCCAACAAGCAAACACCAAGACCGCCAUUACCAGAAUCUUUCAGGCAGAAAAGCCAUGAGGGCAAACCUUCGUCGCUUCCUAAGGACUCACCUCUGGAUGGCUUCGAGCAAAGCAAGAUUGUCACUGCCUCGACAAAGACCACACCGUCAAAACUAGCGGCGGAAGGUGACCCCUCGAAGCCGACCCUACUGCUUGUUGAUGACAACGCAGUGAACCUUCGUCUAAUUACCGCAUACGCGAAAAAGCACGGCCACCCUAAACUCACAGCGACCAACGGUCUUGAGGCAUUCGAAGCAUACAAAGCCGCCGCUCUCAGUACCACCAACUCCACCACACCCAAACCCGAAGUCAUUCUCAUGGACAUUUCCAUGCCGGUCAUGGAUGGCUUUGAAGCCACUCGUCAGAUACGAGCAUUCGAACGUAGUAAUGAUCUCACGCCGGCCACUAUCAUUGCUUUAACAGGCCUGGGGUCUGCGGAAGCCCAAGAAGAGGCUUUUGUUUCUGGCAUUGAUCUGUUUUUGACUAAGCCUAUCAAGCUGGAUAAACUUACGAAGAGCUUGAAUGAGAUUAGGGAUGGGACGGUAGAACAACAAAUAGCAUAG